GCAUAACUGGAUCUGCUUUGGAAGCCAAGAAAAGGAGUGGAGAUGGAGCCCCCAAUGGUCCUUUCUCUCUUCCUUCUCCUCUCUUCUGCCCAGUUCGCCUUCACAGGCACCCUGCGCCACCAGAUCGUGGGUGGGCACGAAGCCCAGCCCCAUUCGCGGCCAUAUGCGGCGGCGCUGAAGAUCAAUGGUAACUUCGGCUGCGGGGGGUUCCUCAUUGCCCCCCAAUGGGUCAUGACUGCAGCCCAUUGUAAUGGGGACAUCCAGGUCAUCCUGGGAGCCCACGAUCUCAAGGCCAUCGAAGAGAGCGCCCAAGUCUUGGCUGUGGAAAGCUACCACAUGCACCCAGGUUUCAACAUGAAGAUAGGCCUCCCAUAUAAUGACAUCCUUCUGCUCAAGCUGGAGCGCGAGGCCAAGCUCAACCGCUUCGUCCAGCCCAUCCCUCUGCCGAAGACCGACAAUGACCUGCCCAAGAAUACGCAGUGCUUUGUGGCCGGAUGGGGACGCAUCGAUGAGAGGGGCCCGGUCAAUUCCAAACUCUUUGAGACCAACGUCACCAUCCCUGGGCGCAGGCAGUGCCUCGUCUUCCACCCCAGUCUCACCGACGAUAUGCUGUGCGCCGGCAGCCGCUCUGUGAUAUGUGAUGUCAGCAAUGGCGAUUCCGGGAGCGCCAUGGUGUGCAAUGGGGCGGCACAUGGCAUCGUUUCCUAUGGCUUCCAGGUCCCCCCCUCCGUUUACACCCGAGUUGCUGCCUACCUUCCGUGGAUCAAGGAGAUCAUGGGCUGAAGGGACGGCGAGGUGCGGGGAUCCCGAUGGCGCGUUUACUCAUGAAAUAAACCAACCCCAGCAUUCAAA